GCUGGAAACCGAAACCCUAAAUCUUUCCGGAAAAUGUCGACGUGGCAGAUAUUCUCCGACACUGAUAACAAUUUUCGAUGGGAGGUAUCCGGCCAGAUACUCCGAACCAAAGACGAACCGAACGGUGCCUCGAUUGAGCCGCACAACUCCGAUUCUCAUCUUCCUUCCAUGGCCGAUGUAUUGCUCCACGGACACUCGAAGAUUCUGGAGAACGAGAAUGAAGCUGCUGAAACUACUCCGAUGUUUAAAACUGGAUUGGGGAGACCAGUGAAGUUGAAACAGUCCUCGAUUGCCAAAGCGUUGUCUGUUCUUGGCAACAACGAGGAUGGUAAUAUUUCGGUUACUGGCGAAGGUCGUCACGCUGGAAAUGAAUGUGGCUUUUCCAAUUCUCUUUUCCAGACAGGUUCUGGGAAAUUUGUUAACAUAUCUUCUGCUGGUUUGGUUAGAGCUAAGACAUUGUUGGGAUUGGAAGAAGAUAAUGAUCAUUGCAACUUUCAAGACCUUCAACAUACGAGGACUCCAUCUACUCCUAUUAGCCCUUGUGGGAGGCAAAGUGUGUCAAAUUUCCAGGUGAAAGAAGGUUUGGAAGUUAAUCGGAUGAUGAAUGUUACAGCAGUUCCCAGGCCUUCGUCAAUUUGUAACUCUGGUUUAUCUGGAAAUAUAUUAAAAAAUGAGAUAAGUUCAGAUAUGAUGCAAUCUGAGUCGCUAAAUUCAGCUCCCAAACCGCCUCCUAUCAAGUUCCAUACUGCUGGUGGGAGAUCAUUAUCCGUUUCCAGUGAUGCAUUGCAGUAUGCAAGGAGUCUCCUUGGUGAUCCAGAGUUGGGGACACUCUUUGAUGAAGGGAAUGCAGGUGAAUCGGAUCUUUCAUUAAUUAAAGAGGCAAGAUGUGAUAAUUCUACAUCAAACAAGGAAACUGAUGUUUUCACUUCUGUUUCCCAUCAAGGAACAGCAAAGAAUAAAACUUUAUCAAAAAGUUUCACCUCUCCUUUGCGUUCAUUUUCAAACCAAGCAAUGUCACGGGCGAAUUUAGAAAAUAUACAUGUUUCCGGUAACUUGAUCAAGAAAUUUGAUGCAGUUGACCAUGACAGAGUCAGUGGGUCGAAUGGUAAACUGCCUCCCAGGGAUAAAACCUUAAGCAACAUACCUUCUGCACCUGAUACCAAAAUGGUUAAUCCUUUGGAAGAUAGUAAUGGUUCAAGAAGUAAUUCACUGGGAAGGUCUUUCGGUAAGCCACUGGCUGAUAUUACAAAUAGGAUUGGUGCAGCUCAUGGCAGUAUUAAACAAAAUACAUCUGAAAAGAGGAGACAGUGGAGGAGUUCUGUUUCUCCAUUUAAGAGGCCUCGCAGUUCCAAAUUCUCCACCCCUUUAAAUAAAAAUGUUUCUUUUGCUAAUGGUUUAUCUACCUCAUCAUUGGAAAAUUCCAGUAGCAGAAGAACGGUUUCCUCUAGAUAUCCAUUUCAAAUUCGAAGAAUUUAUGUCAAGGACUAUUUUGGAAUGCCUCCAUCAGUCCAGGGCAUGUUGGGGCAUUUGCAAGACCAAGUAAGAUGGAUCAAAUCAGUUAAUGCAGAUAAGUACAUAUUUCAAGAUGAAUCUGGCUUAAAUUGCACUGGGACAGAGGCUUUUCUUAACAUGUUAGCAAAAUCUGGGGCCUCCGCACAAUAUGCUUCUAAACAAUGGGUCACAAAUCACUACAAAUGGAUAGUCUGGAAAUUGGUGUGUUAUGAAAGAUGUUAUUCAGCCAAAUCUGCUGGAAAGUUUUUGACAAUUUCCAAUGUGCUCGAGGAAUUGAAAUAUAGGUAUGAGAGAGAAGUAAAUAAUGGCCAUCGAUCCGCAAUCAAAAGAAUUCUGGAAGGGGAUGCAAUGCCCUCUUCGAUGAUGGUACUUUGCAUUUCAGCUAUUCACUCAAAUCAUGAACCGAAGAUUGAGACUCCUCUGGUAGCAUCAGAUGGGGGUGAAAGUAGUUAUUCUUCUAAAGUGGAACUAACUGAUGGGUGGUAUUCUAUGAAUGCUCUUUUGGAUGUAUUGCUGUCAAAGCACCUUGCCGCUGGGAAACUGUUUGUGGGACAGAAACUUAGGAUCUGGGGAGCAGGAUUAUGUGGCUGGGUUGGGCCGGUUUCACCGCUUGAGGGUUCAGGAUCAGUUAGUUUACUUUUGAACAUAAAUGGGACAUAUAGAGCUCACUGGGCUGAUCGAUUGGGAUUUUGUAAGGGCGUUGGUGCUCCAUUGGCUUUUAGGUGCAUCAAGAGUAAUGGAGGUCCAGUUCCUAGAACUUUAGUUGGGGUCACACGGAUAUAUCCUGUUCUCUACAAGGAGAGGUUAAGUGACGGGGGAUCUAUUGUGAGAUCAGAAAGGAUGGAGACUAAGACAAUGCACAUGCACCAGCACAGGCGCUCUGUCCUUGUAGAAGGCUUCAUAUCUGAGUUUCAAAGAGAGGAAAGUCAUUCUCAUAUAUUUAAUGAUAGUGAUAGUGAAGAAGGAGCAAAAAUUUUGAAAAUACUUGAGACAGCAGCUGAACCAGAAGUUAUAAUGGCAGAAAUGAGUCCGGAGCAACUAACUUCUUUUUCCACUUAUCAAGCAAAAUUAGAGGCAUCCAAGCAAUCAAACAUGGAAAAAUCCAUUGAGAAAGCUUUGAUAGAUGCUGGCCUGAGAGAGAGAGAUGUCAACCCAUUUAUGAGGGUGAGGGUGGUUGGAUUGACUAGUAAAGACUAUCAAGGAAAGUUUAGCUCCAGAGAAGGCAUUAUAACAAUCUGGAACCCCACAGAGAAGCAGCAAUGUGAGCUGGUUGAGGGGAAGGCAUAUGCUAUUACAGGGCUUGUACCAAUGUACUCUGAUUCCAAUAACCUUUACUUACAAGCAAGAGGAUCUACUACAAAAUGGCAGCCACUAUCUCCCCCAGCUCUUGCACACUAUAAGCCAUUUUUCAGUCCUCGCAGAUCAAUUCCAUUGUCAGAUUUGGGCGAUGUUCCACUUUCUAGUGAAUUUGAUACGGCGGCCUUUAUUGUGCAUGUGGGAGAGGUUUAUAAGGAUUCUCACCAAAGGAAACAGUGGGUGUUUGUGACAGAUGACUCCAUUCCAGAGUUACAGUUGGAAGAAUUACCAAAAUCCUUAUUAGCCAUCAAUUUCAGCUCAGCAUACAUAGAAGAUGAUUCAUUUUUGCCAAUAAACUAUAACCUUGUUGGAUCCACUGUUGGCUUCUGUAAUCUUAUCAAGAGACCAAAAGACCACACAAAUCAUCUUUGGGUGGCUGAAGCAACAGAAAAUUCAACCUAUUUUUUAAAUUUUGAUCUCCCAUGCUGUUCCCACCUUAAAACUGCUGCUGCUUCUGUUCAACGAUGGGCAAAGAACUCUAGCCUGAUCAUUGACAAGCUUAAGGAGAAAGUUAUAUUCAUAAUUGGUGAUUGCAAAGACUAG